CUUCCUCCAGUCACCUGACCCAAUCCCUCCCUUGCCGUCAUGUUUUCAACCAAAGACCAAGAAAUUAAAUAAGAGAUGAUGUCGUCUUUGGAUGGCUCACACAACCAUCAACAGUCUGAUAUAAUUAUGUGUGACCUAUCAGGCACUGAGAAUAGUUUGGAUUCAGUUGCUGAUGUGGACUGGUAUAUACUUGGUGAAGAUCAACAAAAUAUUGGCCCUUAUUCAGUUUCUGAGUUACGUGAGCAUUUUUUAAAUGGAUACCUCUCCGUAACCUUGCAUGGUCUGAGUGGAGAAGUCAGUGCAACCAUUGUCCUCAAUUCCUGAAUUUUUUUUGUAAUUUCUCAUCAGGCCAAUAAUUUUUCUGCUGCAGUGUCCUCAGGAGGCGGUGUUGCUCUUUUGAACAGUAUGGAGGGUGAAAAAUCAAAUGCAGUGCCUUCCAAUGAUGCAGAGGCUGAGGCAGAACGCUUGAAAAAUGGAUCUGUUUCUAGAAGUAUUGGUGAUGGCUUCUGUUCUGAUGACCAAGAUAGGCCUCUAACACCACCAGAAGGUGAAGAAGGAUUCACUGACGAUGAUGGAACCAGGUACAAGUGGGAUAAAAGUCUGCGAGCAUGGGUUCCUCAGGAUGACACAUCAACAAAAAAUGGGGACUAUGGAGUAGAAGAGAUGACAUUCUUGAAAGAAGAUGACGUUUUUCCAACAAUUGCUGCUGCUUCUUCUGCUGCUGCUGAUGCCUCUGGUAGAGACGAUGUUAAUGGAAAUGGUGAGCUAACGGAAGUAAGCUGUGAUACCAUGGGAAAACUGUUGGAAAAACCGGUUGAUAAGAAGGAAGCUAAUAAACCUCCCGAUUCAUGGUUUGAAUUGAAAGUAAAUACACAUGUCUAUGUGACUGGACUGCCUGAUGAUGUUACUGCAGAAGAAUUGGUUGAGGUGUUCUCCAAGUGCGGAAUAAUCAAAGAGGACCCUGAAACGAAAAGACCUCGUGUGAAGAUCUAUGUUGACAAGGAGACAAGAAGGAAAAAGGGGAUGCUCUUAUUACAUAUCUAAAAGAGCCCUCUGUUGCUUUAGCUGUUCAAAUUUUGGAUGGAACACCUUUACAUCCUGAUGGAAAGACCCCUAUGUCUGUCAGCCAAGCUAAAUUUGAGCAAAAGUCCUGCAGUACAAAUAAGUUUGUAUUGCAACAAUGCAAGGGAUAAAUUUAUAGCCAAGCAAGUGGACAGCAGGAA